AUGAAUGUGGAUAGCACGGAUACUAGCUCGAUCGGCGAAAACAGUGCCCACACUGCACAAACUAAGAGAAACUCGCCAAAAGGCCCAAAAACCGAUUCUGUGCAAGAAACUUCGGAGAAAGAGACCAGCGACCGGCGAUCGAACCGCGCAGCCGAGCAUAGAAGCAUCGAACAGCAAUACCUGGACAGCACAGACAAAGACGACAACGAAAACACCGAAGUUGCCAAAUCCACUGAUAAUCCUGAAAGUAGGGAGAAAAUGAAAAAUUUCAAAAGUAUGGAGAAAAUAAAAAAUUUUAAAUUUUCAUCGAAAUAUCCAACCCACACACCCGAAAGGCUGAAGAUACCUUUAUUUCAGAAUAUGUCUCAAUUCCUGCAGCUGAAGGGCUGA